ACAACAUCCUCGCAUCGACCUCCUUCGUCCCAGCUUGCCCUCUCUUUCUAUCUCCCACCGCGCCCCAACGUUCGUCACCUUCCGUUCCCAUUUUUGGAUAUUCGCGCGUAUACAGACUCAGAUAAUCUCGGACCCUCGAUCCUUUCCCCAUCCGCAUCUCAUCAGGCUACUACCAUGUCCACUUUACACCCCCCCAGGCUCGCGUCGAUCUUCGCGGUCACCCCCAGCGCACCGGGCACUCCGGUGCACUCCAUCCAGACGAUGAGGAGGAAGGCUGCAGGUCACAGCGGGCCCUUGACGAAGAUCCUGGUCGCGAAUCGUGGUGAAAUCGCGAUCCGUGUAUUCAGGACCGCUCAUGAGCUCGCCAUGCACACCGUCGCCAUCUACUCUUACGAGGACCGUAUGUCCGCUCAUCGUCAAAAAGCGGACGAAGCUUAUCGCGUCGGAAACGGGUUGACACCCGUCGGAGCUUAUCUCGCCCAAGACGACAUCAUCAGGAUCGCGCUCGAGCAUGGCGUUGACAUGAUCCACCCCGGAUACGGCUUCUUGUCCGAGAAUGCUGAGUUUGCUAGAAAAGUCGAGCAGGCGGGCAUCGCCUUCGUCGGCCCCAGUCCCGAGGUCAUCGACAGCCUGGGCGACAAGACGAAAGCGCGGACCCUUGCAAUGAGGGUCGGCGUCCCUGUUGUUCCCGGCACCCCAGGGCCCGUGGAAUCGUAUACGGACGCAGAUCUCUUCAUCAAGGAAUACGGCUUCCCAGUCAUUAUCAAGGCCGCCAUGGGCGGUGGCGGGCGCGGCAUGCGCGUCGUCCGUGAACAAUCGGAAUUCAAAUCCUCGUUCGAACGCGCGGUCAGCGAGGCCAAGGCCGCGUUCGGUGACGGCACCGUCUUCAUCGAGCGCUUUCUCGAGCGACCGCGUCAUAUCGAGGUGCAGCUCCUCGCGGACGCUGUCGGCAACACUGUGCACUUGUUCGAGCGCGACUGCUCCGUGCAACGGCGUCACCAGAAGGUCGUCGAGGUCGCACCCGCGAUGCAUCUCCCAGAGGAGGUCCGCCAGGCCGUCUUGGCCGAUGCGAUCAAGCUUGCGAAGAGCGUCAAGUAUAGGAACGCGGGCACGGCGGAGUUCUUGGUUGACCAGAUGGGUCGACACUACUUCAUUGAGAUCAACCCUCGUAUUCAGGUUGAGCACACUAUCACCGAGGAAAUUACUGGUCUCGACAUCGUCGCAGCCCAGAUUCAGAUUGCCGCGGGUGCCACACUUCCUCAGCUGGGGUUGACCCAAGAGGCCAUCACCAAGCGCGGAUUUGCCAUCCAGUGCCGUAUCACCACGGAGGACGCGUCCCAGAACUUCCAGCCGGACACAGGCAAGAUCGAAGUCUACCGCAGUGCCGGUGGAAAUGGUGUUCGUUUGGACGCGAGCUCUGGGUUUGCGGGUGCUCAGAUCACGCCUCAUUACGACAGUUUGCUGGUCAAAUGUACCGUCAGCGGUACUACAUACGAAGUCGCUCGUCGCAAGAUGUUGCGCGCCCUCGUCGAGUUCCGUAUCCGUGGUGUCAAGACGAACAUUCCCUUCUUAUUCCGCUUGUUGACACACGAUGUUUUCAUUGGUGGCAAGACUUGGACGACGUUCAUCGAUGAUACCCACGAUUUGUUCAAGCUCGUGCAGAGCCAGAACCGGGCCCAGAAAUUCUUGGCGUACCUCGGCGACAUCGCUGUCAAUGGCAGCUCCAUUAAGGGCCAAACGGGCGAGCCAGGGCUCAAGGACGACAUCGUCAUCCCGCCAUUGCAGAACCCCGAAAACCCGGACGGUCCCCCUCUCGACACUUCCCUUCCUUGCGAGGUUGGCUGGCGCAAUAUCAUCGUUGAGAAAGGCCCUGAAGCGUUCGCCAAAGCUGUCCGCGAGUAUCCUGGCACGCUCGUCAUGGACACGACCUGGCGUGACGCGCACCAGUCGCUGCUCGCGACGCGCCUCCGUACCAUCGAUAUGGUCAACAUCGCGAAGGAGACGAGCUAUGCACUCGCAAACGCGUACAGUCUGGAGUGCUGGGGAGGUGCGACGUUCGAUGUGGCCAUGCGGUUCUUGUACGAGGAUCCAUGGGAGCGUCUGCGUACCCUCCGCAAGCUUGUUCCUAAUAUCCCGCUUCAAGCUCUCGUUCGUGGAGCUAACGGUGUGGGAUACACCAGCUACCCAGACAACGCCAUCUACGACUUCUCAAAGAAGGCCGUCGAGAAUGGUCUCGAUAUCUUCCGUGUCUUUGACUCGUUGAAUUAUAUUGAGAACAUGAGACUCGGCAUCGAUGCAGCAAAGAAAGCUGGUGGUGUCGUCGAGGCCGUCGUUUGCUACAGUGGCGACGUCGCAAGUCCGAAGGAAAAGAAAUACACGCUUCAAUACUACGUUGACUUUGUCGACCAGCUCGUGAAAGAAGGGAUCCACGUCCUUGGCAUCAAGGACAUGGCUGGCUUGUUGAAGCCCGAGGCCGCCAAGCUGCUCGUCGGUACCAUUCGUGCGAAGCAUCCUGACCUCCCCAUUCACGUCCACUCGCACGAUACCGCUGGUAUCUCCACUGCCAGUAUGCUCGCGGCCGCCGCGGCUGGUGCGGACGUUGUCGAUGUGGCGAUUGAUAGUAUGUCGGGGUUGACGUCACAACCGCCAAUGGGAGCUAUUUGCAUGGCCCUGGAGCAGACCCAACUCGGCACCGGGAUCCGCUAUGCUGAUAUCCAGGCUCUGAAUCUAUACUGGACCCAGGUCCGCCUGCUCUACAGCUGCUUCGAAGCCAAUGUCCGCGCCUCGGACUCUAGUGUGUUCGACCAUGAGAUGCCCGGAGGCCAAUACACCAAUUUGAUGUUCCAAGCCUCUCAGCUGGGUCUUGGUACUCAAUGGACUGAGAUCAAGAAGAAGUAUAUCGAGGCCAAUGACCUGUGCGGCAACAUCAUCAAGGUCACGCCAUCAUCCAAGGUUGUCGGAGACUUCGCUCAAUGGAUGACGCAAAACUCGUUAUCUAAGGAGGAUGUUAUAGCCCGGGCUGAUCAGCUCGACUUCCCUUCAUCCGUUGUCGAGUUCUUCCAAGGCUAUUUGGGUCAGCCCGUGGGCGGAUUCCCUGAACCCUUACGGUCCAACAUCAUAAGGAAUAAGCCGAGGAUCGACGGUCGCCCGGGAGCGAGCCUGGCACCGCUGGACUUCAAGAAGAUCAAAGCGGAACUGCGGAGCAAGUUUGGAAAGCAUAUCACAGAUGCUGAUGUCACUUCGUAUGUGAUGUAUCCCAAGGUCUUCGAGGAUUAUCAAGGAUUCCUUGAUAAAUAUGGAGACCUUAGUGUGAUCCCUACACGUUAUUUCCUGGGCCGUCCUGACGUUGGCGAGGAAAUGCACAUCUCCAUCGAGCAGGGGAAAACCCUCAUCAUUCGCUUGAUGGCUGUCGGACCUGUAGUGGAAGGCCGGGCUCUGCGCGAUGUCUGGUUCGAGGUGAAUGGUGAAGUGCGGGCAGUGUCCGUUGAGGAUAAGAAUUCUGCUGUGGAAACCGUGUCCCGUGAGAAGGCCACGUCUGAUCCUGGCUCUGUCGGCGCACCCAUGUCGGGUGUUGUUGUCGAGGUGAGAGUCAAGGAUGGCCAAGAGAUCAAGAAGGGCGACCCUCUCUGUGUCUUGAGCGCCAUGAAGAUGGAGUCUGCCGUCACGGCCCCAGUUUCUGGCCACAUCAAACGUGUUGUCGUGCAGGAAGGAGAUUCCAUCAACCAAGGUGACCUGGUUAUCGAAAUUGUGCAUUGAGAUUAGAAGGACAGGCGCGAGCAUUGCAUAGAAUUGAAAAGAAUUGUAACGAAUACAUUGCCAACGAUGUAAUUAUAGAAAUCCAAUGAGUUGUAAUCAUCUCAUGACGCGCC